AUGGACGAUGUAUGGAUUGAACUUGAAAAUCUGUGGGAUCUAUACCAUCAAGAUGCUCUAGACAAGUCCCUCCUCAGUGCAUUCUGCAUGAUGAAGGUGCAAGAAUGCCGAAAAAAUGGCAUUGAUCCACAUGUCGUAAAUGAAGAGUCGUGGUCGCUUCUCAAGGACGACAACGACGACGACGACUACUUCCGGGUCAGGUGUGAUGUCGCCAUCCUCAGGGAGGCGGCUCCUCAAGCGCCACCGCGUCUCGGCCUCGGCGACCUCCUCGCCGGCCAGCGGGCGGGCCGGGACGUGACCUUCGAGGUCGGCGGCGAGGUGUUCACGGCGCACAGGUGCGUGCUCGCCGCCCGGUCCACGGUCUUCAUGGCCGAGCUCUUUGGCCCCGGGGGGCAGCAGCAGCAGAACGACGCCGCAGCCUCUCGCGUACGGAUCGACGGCAUGGCGGCGAGGGUGUUCCAGGCGUUGCUCCACUUCAUCUACACCGACUCCUUUCCUAAGGUCGACGACGAUGGCGACAAGGUCGCCAUGGCUCAGGGCCUGCUCGCGGCGGCCGACCGGUACAAGUUGGAGGGGCUCAAGUCGGCCUGCAGCGACAUGCUUGGCAGCCGCAUCGACGCAACCACGGUGGUGACUACACUGCAGCUGGCUCACAAGCAUGGGUGCCACAACCUCAAGGAGGCAUGCACCAAGUUUCUCAAGGACGUGCCGGGCGAAGUUGGUCGGAGUCUAAUGUCUUCAAGCUGA